AUGGCGUCCCCUCUUUAUGACAUUGCUGAAGAGAGGAAAUCUGCCCAUGCUAUAGCCUUGAUAGAAAGGAAAUUUCAGGACGCAAUGCAGGCUUUGGCAGAAUCCCGAGACCUUGCUAUCCACGCACUCCGAGGAACGACCCAGCAUAAGGGCUCUAACGAUGCGCAGCUCAUCUCUACGCCUACCGUUACUUCUCAAGAAGUCGCCGGCACUAUUGCUUCAGGCACUGCCAUUGAGGUCAACCGAGUAUCGCUGCCGAUUCUUCCUCGACCAUCUUGUUUCUGUUUGGAUCUCAUCGAGAUGGGCGGCGUGGUUCGCCAACGCAUGAUCGAACAUCUGGAUGCGCUGACCCAAAAGAUGCUCGUCUCACUGGUCACGGAGAAAUGGAAAUGGGCUGAAACGUGGUUUUGGGAGACCAUUGGCCUAGAGAAGCUGGCUCCCAUCACGCAGUAUCAAAUCGCGCCGACAGUGGAAAACUACUGGAAGAUACAACCCGGCUAUCGACCGACUCAGUUACAAAUGAGCAGAUUCCACUGGCCCGCGCUGGACUGGAUACCUUUUGCAGAAAUUCGAGACAAGCUGAUUAUGCAUGGAAAUGAAAUCGACCUCACCGAUGUCAUCCUCACGGCCAUGCAAAGCUACUGUCUCGAGGUUCCCGAUGAGCCUCUUGACAUUGACAUGCCCUCGGCUGACCUCACCGCACUGAUGCUGCCGCUCGUUCCAACACCUCAAGCGAGCCGCCCUCACACCACGACCUUGUACCGUCUACGGGAGUAUAUUGACCAUCUCAACGUCAUUCGUACAUCGAAAGGUCCGUCCACCGCGAGUUCCCAUCGCGCCAGAAUGUCAAAGUCCUUGGAGGCCAGAUUCGUCCUGACCCUGAGCGAUAUCAACGCACCAUUCAAGCUUGAACAGUCAUUUUUUGACCAGUUUCCACUACUUUUCUGCGAGGAAGCUGUUGCUCGAGGCACAUUUCGCUCCAUAUAUGACACGAAUUAA